CACGUCCGCGAGGUUAUCGAGUCGCAGUUCAGCCUGGAAAUCUUGCUGAAGCACGAUGAAUUGCGCCUGAUCAACCAGGAAUUGGCCAAGUGUCAAGCCGCCUUGGAGCAACUACGGCGCUGCCACCUGAUACCUUAUCCAGUCACCCAGGGAACCCCCGAGGCCAUGCUGAAUGUCAGCAACGGUACCGGCCCAGCCGUGAGACACGGCGACACCGUACCGCAGUGGGCUGCGCCAUAUGGGGUCACGGAUGGCCCCUAUUCAAGGCACUAUGCAAAAUGGCUCAUUCCAGAUCCAGCCUUCGACGGUCCUCAAGCCGGCUGGUAUCCCAACUAUGACGGUUCACGUGCUGGUAAGACUAUUCCUGAAGGUCGGGCUACCCGGCACAGCUUUGCUGAGGGCAGUUCGACCGCCAGCAAGGCUAGAUCUCAACGAGGCUCCGCUGGUCAAAAACUUCAGGCUCUAUCUAAUGGCUAUCCUCUGGCUAAAGAAAAGGCUGGUCCUUGCGUUCUCAAACGUGCGGAGGAUGGCCAGAUGGUGAAGCUCGUAUGCAACGACUGUCAGCGGGAGAACUUCUCCAGUACCCAAGGUUUCAUCAAUCACUGCCGUAUAGCGCACCGCAAGGAAUAUAAGAGUCACGAGGAAGCUGCAAUAGCAUGCGGACAACCCAUCGAGCUCGACGAGGGAGGCGCAGUUGUGGGCGAGGACAGGGGCGCAACAGCUGCCACUGGUCUCGUACAUCCGCUGAUCCGAACUGCUCCAACUGACAGAGAAGCCUACGUAUCCCUCCUGUCUCGUAUAGAUACAUCCCUGGCACUCUUUGAGAAAGGAGAGCUUCCAGGUGUGACUUCGAUACCUGGCCGUCCGGAUUCAACACCUAUGAGGCGCACUGGUCUGAAUUCAACACCAGGAGCAACGCCACAAACUUUCGUACCCUCACCGGAGACCCCAUAUCUCUCGAAUUUCAUGCGAAAUAGAGGAUUUGGUGGCAAUCUCCCAGAGAUCGUUGGCGAGGCUAAGAAGCAGGUCGACCUCGAAGAGUUAUCUUCGCAUGGCGAGGAAUCCGAGGAGGGCGAGAGCCUCCCUCAGCCCGGGCCAGGUCGUUUCGAUGGGACCGAUUCUCCUCUACCUCCCAUGCGUAUGCCUGCCCGUACAGCCAUGUCCCCAGCGCCCUCUGGUCGUCCUGGAAGCAGCAAGGGUGUCGAUGCCAAAAACGCUCGAAAGCAGGGGGUCUCCCCCCGCAUGUCGUUCGCAACUCCGGUUCUUGAUACCACGGCUACGGCGAACCACAACCGGCCGACGAUGAAUUUGGCUAAUGACCACCGUGAUGCCUUUCACCAUCAUGACACCGAUGGUGAUUUGGAUAUGAUGGGGCCUUCACUGGUAGACCUCAGCCCGAACACGGUCACUAGCAAUAAUGCGCCGAGUCUUGUAAGUGACGAUGGAGAGUAUGAUGACGGGGACGAUGAUGCCGAGAGUGCUUGUUCCGAGGACGAGGAUGAAGGCAGCGAUGUUGCGGAAAUUGACAUCGAGGAUGGAGAGGUGGAGAAAGUCGUCCCGCGGACCGUGGUAAGAAACCGGUCAGGCAGUGGCGGGGACGGCAUGCGGCUGAGGAAAGAAGAUAAACACGUCACGUUUGUGAGCCCCGUCAAGGAAACGAAGGAUAGGCGCAGCCGGAAGUGA